AUGUGGACUGCAAGGAGGCAGAUGAAGAAGAUUCUCAAUCGUGCUGUUGUCAUUCGUACGAUACAGAGAAAUGCUUAUGUCCGCCCAUUGCUUGUCGCAACUCGGAAUGACGAAGCGCUCCGCCAGAAAGAGGCUGAACUGGUACUUAUCAAGGAGCGCGCCGAGUGGGAGCAGAAGGAGAAGGAGGCUCUUGAAGGUCUAAGAAUGCGCCUCGAAGCUGAGAAGAGUAAGGUGGAGACAGAACUGGAAGCGGAAAGAGCUCUCGCCCUGGACAAGGAUGCUCUGCUUGAACGUAGCAAGAAACGCGAGGCAGAGCUGGAGGAUGAGGUCGCAGCUUUGCAGGCGGAUCUGGACAUACUCGAUUCUCAGCUUGAUCGUGCCCUCAAGCUGCAGAAGGAGAGCGAGGAGAAGCAUGAGACUCUCAGGCAGGCAUUCGAUCAAGCUGCGGAGCAUCUCGUGCGCCUCGAGGCUGAGCAGCAAGAGCGGGAAGGGAGAGAAGCUGACCUGAACCAGCAGCUGGAUAUCGCUCAAGAGGAGACUGAUGUCUUGAAGGCAGAACGCGAGGAGUUGCAGAAGAUUGCUGAGGAGCUCAAGGAUCUUGCCGCACAACGCGAGCAGGACUUAGCUCGUGCUACGGAGCGGAUGGAUUCGUUGGCCUCUGACCUCAAUAAUGAACUCAGUGCUGAGUCCCGAAACAGGUUUUUCACGAGCCACCCAUCCUCGCACCCGCGACUCACAACAUCUUUUAGCGACGUUUUCCGUGAUAAAGUGGAUACACUUGAGCAAGAGGCUCGACAGGCCAAGGAGCAACUUGCUGAGAUGGCGCGGACUGCCACUGAAUACUCGAACAUGAUCAAGCAGAAAGAGCAGGUUAUCGAUCGCCUCACAGCUGAGCUGGAGAAGUCGAAGGGAGAGCGCGGACAGUUGCUAAAGCAAAUCACCGAGCUUCAAGCUAGAGUUGAUACUCUGAGUGUGGAGCUCGAUGCUCAGCACAGUGAUCGGGAACGCGAUUCGGCUCUGCAGUCGAAACUCCAACAGGAGCUGGACGAGCUCUGUGCGCUGCUUGCAAGGAAGUCUACAGAGGAGACUCGGCGUUCUGAAGUCGAGAAGAGCAAGGGACAGGAGCUCACCGACUUACGUGGGCAAGUCAGCCAGCUAUCCCGUGAACUUGAUGAUGCUCGUAGGGUAGCAGUGGAGGGCAACAAUACCCUGAAGGCUGAGACGGAUACCCUGGAUCGAGAGUAUCGCUCGCUACAGCAAAGCUACAACUCACUCCUCGAACGUGAACAAUCAGCACAAGCUCAAUUGAUGCAGACAGCCACCGCUCUGGCUGAAGCGGAGAAGACAAAGCGAGCUUUAGAUUCUGAGCUCCAGCUGGUCCGAUCCCGCCUUAUCGAUACCGAAAGUCAGCUUGCUGAGAUGCAGAAAUCAAAGGAGGCUCUUGAACGCCAGUUGACUGCCACACAAGCCAAAUACGAGGACUCUGAGGACGUCGUUCUACAGCUGGAGCGAGAGAAGAGCGCUCACGAUCGACAGGUGGAGGCUAUCAAGAAGCAGCUCGGUGCCGAGUCCGCGAAGCGUAGCAAGCUUGAGAGGACGGCAUCGUCUCAGAAAAUCGAGAUCGCUCGCCUGAAAGAGAUGAAUACUAAGUUCGAUCGAGAGCUCAACAAGGCGCUAUCCGAGCUGAAGGCCAGAGCGUGGGAAGUCAAGCAGCCCGAAGCCAAGCAAGACAAGACGAUCGUCGAGCACGUCCAUGUAUUGGAAGAAGCAAAGCGCGUGACGGACCACCAGCUGCUGAAGGCCCAAGAAGAGUUCGAGGCAAAUCGGGCUUAUCUGAAGUCCCUUGAAAAAGCAAAGAGCCGUCUCAUGAACGAAGCGGAAGAUCUUACACGCAAGAGAGAAGAAGCCGCAGAAGCGCACGUCAAGCGUCUGCAGAUCGAAUUGCAACACACACAAGAGCAGGUAACCGAUGUCAAGACGCAAUUGGCGACCGUACAGAAGGCGAAGGACAAUCUUGACCUUGAGCUCACUCGUCUGGCGGAUCAGACUGAUGCUCCCAUGUCAGCUGUCAGGCUGCAGAGACAGCACGAGGCUCGUAUCAGCAUGCUGGAGAGCCAGCUUGAGGAAGCAGAGAUGGCAAAGGACACAGCUGCCAGAAUCAAGGAGCAUGUGGACCGGAAAAUGCUGGAAAACGCCCGCCUUUCCGAGCUUCUCGAGGACGAAGCGGAAGCUAGGCGAGCAGCAGAGGCAGCGCGGCUCAAUGGUGUGCAGGCCAUGUGGGACAAGUUCAAGACUACGAUUCAGGACGAGCGACAGAACGACGCUCGUCUGGAGGAGUCUCGCAAGGCUUUGGUCAUUCAGCAGAGGACUGCGAAUGUGGAACUGGAAGAUCAGCAUCGUCAAGUCCAGGAGCUUCUCCUCGCAAAGAAACAAAUGCAGUCCGAGAUUGCUGACCUUAAGGACAGACUGGAGCUGGAGAUUGUUGCGAAGAACGAAGUCACGAACGCCAAGCGACAACUGCAGCAGUGUCUCCAAAAAUUGGAGAUCAAAUCCUCUGCAUCAACAAGGCUGUCCUCCGAGCACUCUUCAGAGCUCCAUGAAGCCAUGGAUUCGUAUAAGGCAAAGAUCGAGUCGUAUAUGAAGCAAUUGGAGGAGUCGGAGGUUGCCAAAGUCAAGGUCACUCGUGCAGAACAAGCAGCGCCAGCCUUUACCCCAUCAAUCCUGCCCUUUUCAUUUUCUCGGCGCCAGCCUUUACCCCAUCAAUCCCGCCCUUCCCUUCUUUUCGGUGCCAGCCUUUACCCCAUCAAUCCCGCCCUUCCCUUUUGUUUCGGCGCCAGCCUCCCUAUUAAUGCUUCGCUUUUCAAUUUCGCGGCGCCAGCUUUUAUCCCAUCAUAUCCGUUCUCUCGGCACCACCUUUCUCCAUCAGUCCCGCCCUCUUCUCCGCUGCCUGGAGACAAUGCAAAGACGGUAUAA